AUGUCCAUGACGGGAAGAUGCCGUGUGUCCCAUCUCUUGGUUCUUCUCAUUUUCAUGUUCAGCAAGGAGAGAAUCGAGGCACAAAGAGCAGGUUGCAAGAGUGUUCACUAUGACCUUGUCUUCCUCUUGGAUGCCUCCUCCAGUGUUGGAAAAGAAGAUUUUGAGAAAGUUCGUCAGUGGGUGUCUAAUUUGGUGGAAACUUUUGAGAUUGGCCCAGACAAAACCCGUGUGGGUGUGGUGCGAUACAGUGAUCAUCCAACCACAGAGUUUGACCUGGGAAAGUACAAAACCUGUGAGGAAAUCAAAGAAGCUGCACGAAAAAUUCAGUAUUAUGGGGGUAACACGAACACUGGAGAUGCUCUCAGGUACAUCACCACCUACAGUUUUUCCAAAGAAGCUGGUGGGAGACUCAGUGACCGAACUGUUAAAAAAGUGGCCAUCCUUUUGACUGAUGGAAGGAGCCAGGAUUUUGUCUUAGAUCCAGCCACUGCAGCACAUCAGGCUGGGAUUAGGAUUUUUGCUGUGGGUGUUGGAGAAGCCUUAAAAGAAGAACUUGAUGAGAUUGCUUCAGAGCCCAAGUCUGCUCAUGUGUUUCAUGUUUCUGAUUACAAUGCCAUUGAUAAAAUUCGGGGGAAGCUGAGAAGACGCCUCUGUGAAAAUGUCCUGUGUCCAAAUGUCCACGUGGAAGGAGAUCGAUUCAAACACACCAGUGGGGGGACUGAUGAGAUUCCAGGAUUUGACCUGAUGGAUUCGUUCAGUGUGAAGCAGAUUUUUGGAAUGAAAGAAAACGGAAUUCAGAGUGCUUAUGUACGACUUGGAAGCUUUCCUGUUGUUCAGAAAACUGAGGAUGUAUUUCCACAAGGUCUGCCUGAUGAAUAUGCCUUUGUAACUACCUUCAAAUUCCGGAAGGCUUCCAGGAAAGAAGACUGGUAUAUUUGGCAGAUUAUCGACAAGUACGGCAUACCACAGGUCUCGAUCCGCCUGGAUGGAGAGAACAAAGCUCUGGAGUACAACGCCGUGGGGCUCACCAAGGACGCCGUCAGGGUGGUCUUCAGAAACACACGAGUCAGUGACCUGUUCGACCGCAACUGGCACAAAAUUGCCCUCAGCAUCCAGUCGAAGGCUGUCUCGCUUUACAUAGACUGCAAACUGGUGCAGGUGCUGCCUAUUGAAGACAGGGAAAACAUUGACAUUCAAGGAAAGACUGUGAUUGGCAAACGCUUGUAUGACAGUGUCCCCAUUGAUUUUGAUCUUCAGCGGAUGGUUAUUUACUGUGAUUCCCGGCAUGCUGAGCUGGAGACGUGCUGCGACAUUCCCUCUGGACCGUGCCAGGUCACGGUCCUGACGGAAGCACCUCCCCUGGAAGUGAGGCCCACUGUUGGCAGUGAGCAAGUUGGCCACCUCAAGACAUUCAACUGCUCCUGUCUUGCUGGACAGAAGGGGGAGAGGGGUCUAAUUGGCCCUGAAGGUCCUAAAGGUCAAAAGGGAGAAAGAGGCAGUCCAGGGUUUCCAGGACUCAGAGGAGAAAAAGGAGAGUCGGGCAAAGCCUAUGGCAUAGGAGAAAAAGGAGAAAAGGGCUCCCUGGGCUCACCUGGCCCCCCUGGGAGGGAUGGAGCAAAAGGAGAAGCCGGUGAACCAGGAAGGCCAGGAACAUUUGGACUGCCUGGGCCAGCAGGUCCAAAGGGAUCCGAGGGAAAACAGGGUCCUCCUGGAAUUAAAGGCUAUGUAGGUGCACCGGGUCUACAAGGAGAAAGAGGAGAAAAGGGAACACGAGGAGACAAGGGAGAGAGAGGCCUGGAUGGGUUCCCUGGAAAGCCGGGUGUGGAGGGGAGACAGGGCCCUGCUGGCAGCCCCGGCCCUCCAGGUGCUAGUGGGACCAAAGGAGAAAAGGGUGAACCAGGACCUCCAGGAUUGCCUGGCACUUCAGUGCAUAUUGAAGGCCUAAAAGGAGAGGAAGGAAAGCCUGGGCCACGAGGACCACAAGGCCAACCUGGACUUCCUGGACCUCCAGGAGAGCCUGGUCUAGAAGGCAAGCCUGGAGUUCCUGGUUUACCAGGUCAAAGGGGUAAAAAGGGAGAACCAGGAUUCCCAGGAAUCAAUGGUCUGAUCGGUCCUCAGGGACCUCCAGGGCCCCCUGGCAGCGCUGGACCCCCUGGACCACCUGGAGCACCGGGACUGCCAGGAGAGAUUGGUGUUUCUGGUAAAACGGGACCACCGGGACCACCUGGGUUGCCUGGCAAAGAUGGACUCAAUGGGCUUCCUGGGCUUCCAGGCCAAAAGGGAGAACAGGGGGAAAAGGGUGAGGAAGGCUUUCCUGGAAAAGCUGGCCCUAAGGGUGAACCAGGGAGCCGUGGCCAGCCUGGCGAGCAGGGCGAAGCAGGUUUUCCAGGUCGUCAGGGUUUACCUGGACUGAGAGGAGAAAAAGGAGACCAGGGAGAAAAAGGAAGAGAUGGUUUCCCUGGAAUGAAAGGUGAAAGGGGAGAAAAGGGUGACACGGGCUCCCCUGGACCACCAGGCUUACCUGGAACAACAGCCUUCUUCACCCCACACCCCAGGAUUCCUGGUGAACCUGGACCAAAAGGGGAGAAAGGAGAUCGAGGAACCAGUGGAGAACCUGGAUUACCUGGGGUCCCAGGAAAACAAGGUGCCCCAGGACCUGCAGGAGUCCAGGGUGCAAAGGGGGAAAAAGGAGCCCGAGGAGAAGCUGGAGCCCCCGGAGAGACUGGUGUGAGUGGACCAGCAGGGCCCCCAGGCCCAAGAGGCUUGCCAGGAAAUGUGGGUGUUCCUGGAGGCCCUGGACUGCCAGGGAAGGCAGGAGAAAAAGGGGAAAGGGGUGAUCCUGGAAAAGAAGGAAAAGUGGGCUUUCCUGGGCCACCUGGUGUGCCAGGGCCUGCUGGAGAGCCAGGUUUGCCUGGGAAGGGUAAAGAUGGAGCACCGGGGGAAAGAGGACCACCAGGCUUGCCAGGACCCUUUGGACAUAAGGGUGAAAGGGGAGCUCCUGGCCUACCUGGACAGCCAGGAGACAGAGGUGUGCCAGGAAUUGGCCUGGCUGGACCUCCUGGCCCUGCAGGACCCCCAGGAGACAAAGGGUCACUGGGUCCCCGUGGUGUUCCUGGUAUCCCUGGACCACAGGGGCCUCCUGGGCAGGAUGGUCUACCUGGAAGUCCAGGGGAAAGAGGACCUCCUGGAAAACCUGGUUCCCCACCCCUGCUCUCUCCAGAGGACAUAAAUCUCCUAGUAAAGGAUGUGUGCAGUGAAUGCCCUCCUGGCCCACCAGGACUGCCAGGCAUCCCAGGUUUCAAAGGUGAUAAAGGUCUCCGAGGACCACCAGGCAGAGAUGGCCAGGAUGGGAAAAUGGGUGUUGCUGGUCCCAGAGGUCCUGCAGGCCCACCAGGGCUUGAUGGCCCAAAGGGUGCUAAAGGAGAUCGUGGUAUGACUGGGGAUGUAGGAGAAAAAGGUGAACAGGGCCACCCUGGAAUGCCUGGCUUCUCAGGGGCUCCUGGAAACCCUGGUCCACCUGGAUCAGAUGGGGCACCAGGACCAAUAGGACCAGUGGGAAACCCAGGAGACAUAGGAAAGCCUGGAGAACCAGGGCUCCCAGGCCAGGAGGGUGCCAGAGGGUUACCGGGUUUCAAAGGACAAAGAGGAGAUAUGGGUCCCCCAGGUCCCCGGGGGGAGCCAGGUGUGAUGGGUCCUGCUGGUCGUGAGGGGCCACCAGGGAAGGAUGGUGAUCCUGGUCCCAUAGGACCACAGGGCCCUCGAGGACUCCGAGGGCAGCCGGGCAAGAAUGGAUUGCCUGGAUCUGCAGGAGAACCUGGCCCGGCAGGUAUCCCAGGUCCCAAAGGAAAUAAAGGAGAAACAGGCAGCCCAGGACUCCCUGGCUUCAUAGGACCCCGAGGACCACCUGGAGAACCAGGAGAGAAGGGUCCUCCUGGAAAAGAGGGUGCACCAGGGAAACAUGGUGAAAUUGGCUCCAAAGGAGAGAGGGGUGAGCCUGGAAUCAAAGGUGAAAAAGGCCCUCAAGGAGAAAAAGGCCCUCCGGGUGAUCCUGGGAUACCUGGUCACAAGGGCCAUCCAGGACUGAUGGGUCCCCAUGGACCCCCAGGAGACACUGGGCAAGUUGGACCUCCUGGUCCUCCAGGACAGCCAGGAUUUCCUGGACCGAGGGGGGAACCCCCAUCUCUAGAGACUUUGAGAAGGCUCAUCCAAGAGGAGUUAUCCAAGCAGCUAGAUGCAAAGUUAACCUAUCUCCUGGCUCAGAUACAGCCUGCACAGGUAAAAGCAUCCCAUGGCAGACCAGGACCUCCUGGUCCCCCUGGGAAGGAAGGACUCCCAGGAAGAACUGGCCCUCCCGGAGAGCCUGGCCGACCUGGACAGACUGGGUCUGAAGGGCCACCUGGACCAAUUGGUCCCAAAGGAGAAAGAGGAGCAAAGGGGGAUAAAGGAGACACUGGCAUUGGCCAACGAGGGGAAAUAGGUCCUCCAGGAAUUCCAGGCCUCCCAGGGGAGCCUGGUUAUGCCAAAGACGGGAUGCCAGGACCACCUGGCCCUCAAGGGGAAGCUGGUGUGCCCGGUCCCGCGGGAGCACAGGGGCCUCCGGGAGCCAAUGGACAGUGUGACCCCUCUCAGUGUGCUUACUAUGCAAGCCUGGCUGCCCGACCCAGCAAUGUCAAAGGGCCCUAGCACACAGGGAGCACCUGCAGACUUGUUUCUAAAACUUGAAUUCAUCACACCUGCCAAGAGCUCUCAGAUGUCUUCAACUGUGUUUCUUUUGUGGGAGGCCUUCUAAAGCCAACAAAUGCUGCCGGUCGGUCAGAUUAUUUUUAUGAAUUAUUAUUAUUAUUAUCUUUGAUGUGAUAUGUGAACUUAUUUUUUUUUUCUCCAACAUCAGGGCAUAUUAAAACAUUACAAAUAAGUGGUUUUUUUCCUCUUUUCAAGAGCAUAUAAUAUCAAUGCAUUGUGUAGCUGUUUACGCAAAACCAUUCCAAUGCCAAAUUUUUUCUCUGUUAUUUGAUUAAUUAUUUCCAAAGCU